CGGCCACCCUUUUAACUCACCCAAGAUGGCCGCUACGGCAAGCAAGAGGCAAAGGGGGGGUGCCCGUCCCGUCAUUAUAUAGCGCCGAUCUCGUGAGCAACGGCAAGAACGGAGCGAUGGGGAUGGGGCGGGGCGUCAUGUUCCUGGGAUGGAGCAGCGGCGCUGCUUCUCCGGCUGUCCGCUGUUUUGGCGUGAUGAGGAAUAGACUUGGCCUUUUCUCGCUGCUGUUUUUAUCCUUUGCCUCGUUCGCAGCCGGUGUUGAAGAUGGACCCCCCGCUUUCUCUGCUCCUGGAGAAGUUUGCCUGGAAAACCACGGCGUGCAAAAAAUCACACUCACCUUCAGGGCUCCACCCAAUGAGACUUUGGCGGUAAGGUUCAACAUGACCUAUACAUCCAAGGAGAACAUCACCAUUGUUGAAUUGCCCAACCAGAACGUUCCCACAAACAUAAUCUCUCUCUCUCUCUCGUUCUUCCGCAGGCCCAGAAUCCGGUUCCUUGUGAUCCACAGCAACGCCAUUAGGAUUGUGGACCAAGUGAUCGGUUGGAUCUACUUCCUAGCCUGGUCGGUUUCCUUCUACCCUCAGGUGUUUGAGAAUUGGAGACGCAAAAGCGUUGUGGGACUCAGUUUCGAUUUCAUCGCUCUGAACCUGACCGGCUUCAUUGCCUACAGCGUCUUCAACAUCGGACUCUUUUGGAUUAUCCCCAUAAAGGAGCAGUUCCUGCACCAGUAUCCCAACGGCGUGAAUCCCGUAGCUAGCAAUGAUGUGUUUUUCAGCCUCCAUGCGGUGGCUCUCACUUUGUUCACCAUCUUCCAGUGCUUAAUCUAUGAGAGAGGGACCCAGAAGGUUUCUCGAGUCGCCAUCGCGUUCCUGGUUGCGGCGUGGCUCUUCGUCUUCGCCACUUUGGCCGUGACGGUUGCCCAACAGAUCACCUGGUUGCAAUUCUUGUUUUACUUCUCCUACAUCAAGCUGGGAAUCACACUCAUCAAAUACUUCCCUCAGGCCUACCUAAACUUUCGCCGGAAGAGCACUCAGGGCUGGAGCAUCGGCAACGUCCUGCUGGACUUCACCGGCGGUGCCUUCAGUCUCAUGCAGAUGUUUCUACAAUCCUACAACAAUGAUGCAUGGAAGCUGAUUUUUGGAGACCCCACCAAAUUUGGUCUUGGCCUCUUCUCCAUCUUCUUCGACAUCGUCUUUAUGAUCCAACAUUACUGUUUGUAUCGCCACCAAAUUUACGAUCAGUUUGAGUAGAUCUGUAGCCUAUCCAGGUGUGUCGGUUGCACUGAGAAGCCUUAACUUCAAAGAAACCAGGACUGGCAAAAUUGCUACAACUCGAGUUUCCACGCCACCUUAAUUGCACCAAACCAACUUUGCCCUCUUGUGCCUUUGCGUCUCGCAAUCCACCAGUGCGGCCUUGCCAAAGUCAUCCUCCCCUGAUUUUCUCAGAUGUGAAUUCCUCAAAAGCUUCCAAAGAAGUCAUCAUUUGCAAGAGAAGAAGAAGAUGCUUGUGUUUUGCCCUCCCAUUUUCUUACGGGAGCCCUACAUUGAAGGCCUCUUGGCCAGGAAGAACCUGUUUUAGGGGGAAAAAACCGGUUGUCAUCAGAAGGAGCUUUAAAUCAAUAACUUGGAAGGACAGUUUGUGUGACCUUGGGACCCUGGGUGUCCCCUUUUUUUCUUGCGCACAGGGGAGAAAUGUCUGGAGGAUGUCGGACUACCUCGAAAAGCUUUAUGUUGGCGUCGAAGAACAAUGCACUGGGGGGAAAAAAACUCUUGUAAGAACUUUUGUGUGAAACGGCUGAAUACAGGGAUCGUUAUUAUUAAAGCUUUUCUAACAGGUU